GAGAGAAAAAGAUUUGCCAACUUUGGGACGAGAGCGGAGAGGUUUAUCGUCUUAAGCGUUCGAUUGGGAAGUGGAUUGCGGCAUGGCUGACAUGGAGCAGAACCUCAGCCUGGCUGAUGCGCUGACCGAGCCCACUCCCCAAAUCGAGGAGGAAGUGAAACGCGAUUUCAUGGCCAGCCUGGAAGCCGAGAAGUUCGACGACAUGAUCGGGGAAAAAGUCGGCAAGACGGAUUACGUUCCUCUGCUUGACGACGACGAGCCGAAAGCCGGGAACCAGGAGGCGAAAGCCAAACCGCAAGCUGAGAACGUGGCUCAGGAGCGUCCUCCUGCAACUGGACCAGCCGCCGUGGUUGAGAAUGGGGACCACGGCCUGGAAGGCAGCCGCCAAGAAGACCUUCAAGCAGCAGGCUUCCUGGAGACUCCGGAUUCAAAAGAAUUAAAACCAGAGGACGAAGAUAUAAUUGUACUCGCUGCCGACAGUUGUCCCAUGUUGGAGAAGCCGGAAGCCGGGAGCCAGUUUCUUCCAGCUCCAAAGGACAAAAACCUGAGUCCACAUCCAGAAGACCCGAUCCACCUUCCCACCCAAAAAGCAGAGGAAACCCAACCGUCACAUCCCUUUCACCCUCGAGAAGAAGACAGUCCGUUUCCCGACUUCAAAACAGAAGAUCUGGAGGGUUCUUCUACCCAACAUGUAGAGAAGAUCGAUCAAAGCAAGCUGGCUCUCGCCCAGCCGAUGCAAGAAGUGACAAGUCAGUGGUCUCCUGUCCAGAAGGAUGACGAACCUCCACCUUCUCCUGCAUGGAAAGCUGAUAAAUCUUCCCCUUCUCCUCCUGUCCAGAAGGAUGACGAACCUCUACUUUCUCCUGCAUGGAAAGCUGAUAAAUCUUCCCCUUCUCCUCCUGUCCAGAAGGAUGACGAACCUCCACCUUCUCCUGCAUGGAAAGUUGACACCCCUCCGCUUUCUCCCUCCCAGCCUUCUGAGAAAGUAGAAGAAACCAAGGUCUCUCUGAGUCCAGAAAUGAAGUCUCCUCCUUUGCUCAGUCAACCUGUGGAGAUUCCUCCUGGGCAGGAGCAUCUCGAUGAGAAGGAGAAGAAGCAGCCUCUCGACACAUCUGCAGAACAGCAGAAGGAACCGAGUCAGCCAACCUCAACCCAACCUGGAGAGCAUCUUCCAGAUCUUGCAGCAGACCCGAUGGGCUCUGUACUUGGGGAGAAGCUCCAGAUGGAAACUCCGAGGUUGUUUGUCGAUGAGUCCACCUUGGCCCAACCCAUGGAUCCCACUGCAGGAAAGCCGCCUCUCGAACCGGAAGGUGGACCUCCCGCCCAAAUAAUACACGCUGCCAAACCCAGUGACCACCGCAGGUUUGGCAGAGCAAAACCUGUCCAGGUGACUCUGGCAGAUGUUCCACAAGAUCAACUGGCAGGUUCUCCCACCUUGAAGACUCACAGCCCAAGAAGUGGAGACUCCUUUUUCGUGGCCGACUUUGGCUCCGUCGGUGGAACUUCUCCCCGUCCCAGGAGAUCUCCGAGGAAGGGAGCCGGCCAGGCUUUUGACGUUCCAGAAGGUCGAAGGGAGCUCUUGCAGGAGGGAUGGGACCCUCUUGACUCAUCGGCUGCCUUGAAGAAGAAGAAGAAGAAGGCCAAGCAGAAGAAAGGGCAGCAGCCACGUGGCGUGGAAACGUGGGAGGACAACACAAAGAAGUUAAGGAGCCCUCCGGCUGCUGGCGAACCUCCAGACGUUCUCCAGGGAAGUCCUCAAGCAGCCUUGUGGGCCUCCACCGAAGUUCUCGGGAAAGGAGGACAACAACCGGACAGCCAUCAGCUUCCACCACUUCCUCCGGCAAAGAUGGAAGAAUCUUCCAAAUUUGCAUCGGACCCCAACCCCCCGGGAGAAUUGAGCCGAGUCAAACUGGCCGUGGACGACGGCUUGGCAUGGCAGCCCCUGAGUCCCAAAGGAGAACUUUCUGAGGGGCUUCCGAAGCACCACAUGGAGCAGAAGAAGAAGAAGGAGGCAAGUCCAACUUCUCCUCCAGGUCCUGGAGAACUAAGUCCCGUUGAGAAAAGGGUACCGUUGGGGUCUCCGACUCUGAAGAACUCCAAUGUCGAUGCCUCAACUUUGGAGACCAACUCUGCUGGGGUGGGGCAGAAGGCUGAGGUCCAGACUGUAGACCCCGGGGUUGCCCAUGAGAAGGUUGCUCCAGGCUUUCCAAGUCUUGAAAGGAAAGGCGAGUCGGUGGAGGCACCUAAAGAUCUUGAGAAGAUCUUCAAGAAGGACAGUGAGGUCAAAGAAGUUGCGACUCUUUCAGCCGAGCCAACCCAAGAAGGGACUUCUUCUCUUCCUCAAGACAGAGAAGAAAGCACAGAUGUCUCAGGGACCCUCAAAGAAAGACCACGGAGCAGAAGAUCUGAUUUUCAUUCUGCCAAAACUCCAUUCGUGGUGGAAACCAAGUCAGAUCCAGCCCAACCCUUGUUUGCUGCUGAUACUCUUGGUGGUGGCCCAUUGUUCUUCACCAGCCCAACAGGAGACCUCCUCGAUGUCCGCCCUCCAGAACAUCCAACCAGUCUCAGGUUGAGACACGACCAACCCAAGAAGAGGGGCAGUGAUGGGAAAAGCAGGAAAGGAAAGCAUCUCCCAGAGUUGGAGGAGAAGGUUGGCUUGAGCCAAGCUUCAACGGCGGUAGACAUUGAGGGCCUGGGCGAAAUUGGUUGGACAACCAGGACCCCUGAAGAGACUUUUUCCACCUCUCCAGGAGUGAGAGAGAAGCCGAAGAAGAGAUCUAGCAUGGGGAAGAGCAGAAGAGCUGAGGACAGGAGCUCCUUCAGGCAACCAUUUGUCUCUACCACAGAAGUUCAUGAGAUGUUUGACCAAACCCAACAGAGACCAGAUGAACCGAAAGAAGGGAUGAACGUCUUAGCUACAAGCCAACAGUUGGACAGCACUACAGACGGUGUGAAGCAAUCAAGCCCACCGUCUGUCACCUUGAGUGAAAACCCUGGAAGUUCUCCAACUGGACCUGGUCAAAGGGUUGACCUUCCUCCAUCAGCAUAUCCCUUUAUCUUGGAGGUCCCUGGAAAGCAGACAGAAGGCCAGCUUCUCUUGGAGUCGACGGUCCAAGGCCAGGAAACAGGCGGGCCAAAUCAAAACAAGGGACCCCCCUUGGCAAGCUCCCCUGGAGGAGACCCCGCCUUUGUGUGUGCCACCAACAAACCCAAGAAGAGAAGCAGCGAUGGGAAAAGCAAGACAUCUCACAAAGGUCCCUCCAGGGAACCCCCACUGGGCCUGGAGAAGACGUUGGAUGGGACGGUGUCUUCAAAGAACAAUGAUUUAGUUAACAAAGGUUCUCCUGAGAAGAAGAGCCAAGGGCUAGAACUUCCCGGCACCCUCCAAAUCCCUGCUGAAAAACCGCCAGGAACGACGGGAGGAAAAGAGGAGAAGAAGGUUGGCUUUGGGCAGCUGUCCAUCUUGAAGGAGAAAGUCAGCGCUCCUAAGACAGAAGAACUCCAUAAAAUCAAAGAAACACCAUCUAAGGAGCAGGAAGCCAGCCGAGAUCAAGUUGGAGAAGGUCCACCCAAGCCACAUUCUGUCCUCCCUCAAGUCCUGGAAGAAGUGAAGAAACAGGAGACCAAUGGUCAAAGUCUUCAAGUUCCUAAAGUCUUGGAGAUGAAGGCAGAACCUUCUGGUGAACACCGCCAAGGAGUUAAGAUGGAGGAGGUCCCCGCCUUUGAUGGCACCAGGAAAGAGAGGUCGGAACAUCUCAAGCAUCCAGAACCUACAGGCCAGGUUCCUGCCAAGCUCUUCGUUGAUGACACUUUUGGAGGACAAGAGAAAGGAAAGAGUAGACAAGAUGUGCGUACUUUGGAACCAUCCGUCCAUUUGCUGGGCAAGUUGGAUACCGGGACAGUCAUAGAAGAAGGUGAGAGAAAGAUGAAGACCAAAAAAGAUGGGGUCCCUGAUCUUCCAGAUCUUCAACCCCCACUUGUGAAACCUGAAAAGAAGAAGAGUGGCGAGAAGAAAAGCAAGAAUAUCCCUCAGGAACCUGUGGUUGCCCAACCAACUAAGGAAGAGGUCAGCCAUGAAGAAGAACCUCAGAGGCUUGGUGGAUUGAGCUUCAACAUAGGAGAAGCAGAGGUCGUCGAUGAAAACAGGAACAUCAAAAGCUUCCCUCCUGGCCGUCCGCUGCAUUGGGAAGAGGACCUCACAAAUGUCUUUGACCCAGCUGGACCUCUUGAGGAAGCCACGUCCAAAACUGGAGGUCCCACCUGCCCGUUUUUAGAAGCUCACUUCCCCAAGUUGGCUGGCGAGCCAAGCCAGGAGCCAUUUUUUCUUCCCGAAUUCCUACAAGCCACCAAGCCAGGGGAUCAGAAGAUCCUGGAGGAGCUCCAAGAGGACUUGGCCAAACUUGACGGUCAAGAGGCAGAAGCUUCCCUGGUCGUGAAAGCUGGGGAUGACAUCCGGGAGAAGAGGAAGAAGAACAAGCGUACCCCGGCAGACCGUCUUUUCAAAACGGAGGAGCAAAGCGGAGGAACGUACCUUGGAGACAAAAGCUAUGGACUUGGUUCACCAGAAAUGGCGGUGGAGAAGCUAGAGACGGCUCCUGGGCUGGUGGCUGAAGGAAGAGGUUGGGUUGGAGAAGGCAGUGACCUCCCUAUGGAAACCCAAACUCUUAAGGAAUCCAAGGAGGAAGUGUCAGCUCCUCAGACUGUAAUGACUGUCUUCCAUGGUGGUGGAACUUCUGAGCCAGGAGUGUUAGCAGAAGAUAGACGAGAAGAUGAAGCAAGGCCUUCUGAGCAUCCGGACCGUUUAGGAAGUCAGACAAGGACAGAUAAGGUCCUGGAGGACGUCCUUCUGGAGGAAGUGGGAGGAAGUGGGCUCGCUUCCGAUCAUCUGGUGUCGGACGACAAGAACCUGGCCAAGGGAGGUCCUCUCCUCCAACCAGCCAGCAAGGAGGAGACGGGACAACUUGGAAAAGCCCAGGAUGCGCCGAACUUGAGAUCGGCAGCCCGAGAACCAGAAGCGUCAAUUUCUCCGGCUGUCGCUGAUCAUGAUGGCCACAGGCCCACAGGCGAGACCGAGAAAGCAAGCCGGGCCAAAGCUCCACCACCAAUGAAAGGCUACAUGAGACCCACCAAGUCAAGAGGGCUUCCUCUUCCUCCUCCAUCUGUCCCUUCCCCAAAGGAUGGAGCUCCGGACCUAGGCAGAAGAAGACCUCCCAGACCUGAUGGCCUCCACAGGCGAGACAAAGAAGAGGUGAAGGCACCUGCUGAGGUUCCGUCAGCAGAAGACACAGCUGCCCUUCCCAGCAAGGCCCUUCCCCCGAGUCCGGAGAAGAAGACCAAGCCUUUGGCCAGCGCCAGGGCUAAACCCGCCACAGCGAAAGCCAAGCCCGGGACGGCGGGUGCUCCCCCCGCCAAGCAGUGGGCUUCGGCCACGCCGGGCCCAAGCAAAAAGCCCCCCUCGGCGGCAGCGACCACAUCCAAACGCCUGUCGACCAGUGUCGCGCAACCCUCCAGCUUAACCCCCCGAGAGGCUAAACCGAAGGCGACCGACGUUAAGAAGGCCCCCCUUUCCAAGCCAAGUGCAAAGCCCCCCUUGCCCGCUGCCAGGUCGCCCAGCCCGAGGACUGCGGCUGGCUUGUCACCAAAGAAGCCCUCCGCUCAUAAUUUAAUUGGAGUUCAGAUCCAGAACAAGAAAAUUGACUUUUCGAAGGUGUCUUCCAAGUGCGGUUCCAAGACCAACAUCAAGCAUAAGCCAGGUGGAGGAGAUGUUAAAAUAGAACAUCAGAAGUUGAACUUCAAGGGGAAAGCCCAAGCGAAGGUGGGCUCCCUGGACAACAUCAGGCACGUGCCAGCCGGAGGCACUGUGAAGACUGAGGAGGGCAAGGAGGCAGCCCCGGAGAACGAAGCGCCCCCAUUGGGCAGCAGUACCCCGCAGGAGAAUGGCGCAGGGGCUGUUGCGCCGUCACAGGGCAAAGGUGAUCAAAGCUUCAAUGACAGUGAAAUCGAAGAGACAAGCCUUUAAUGCUGACAUUCUGGUGUCUCCUUCCGUCCCUUUUCUCUUCCCCCUCUCCUUUUUCCUCCCCCCCCCUCCCCCCCAAUGUGUCGCUGCAGAUUGAAUCCCACAAGUUGACCUUCCGUGAGAACGCCAAGGCACGCACGGACCACGGGGCAGAUUUUGCGGCCUGCACCGGCAGCCCCACCUCCUCCUCCCCACCACUGAGCACCUCUGUCAGCGAGAGCCUGGGCGCCAUCACCACCGCCGCCAUGUCCUCCUUGCCCCCGCGGCUGCCCUGGCAGGCUCCCCUCGCGGAAGAGACUUCUGCUGCCCUCUCUUGGCCAGGCUUGUGACUCACUUUCCUGCCCUGUUUCCUACCCCAGACCCCAAAUAUCCCCCCAGAAUCUCAGCUUGCCUCCCUUAAUCUGUCACCGCCCACCUGCUCGGACUUCGGUGGGGCUCCCAGUUAAAUAGUUUUCCAGUUGAACCUUCUUUUACGCUAUUCCUGGACUCAUUGGGAUGGGAUGACCUUCUGGACAGGGAGUCCUGCUCACCUCAGGCCUCCCCAAGCUCAUUUCAAAUUCUUGAUUAUUUGAAUGCCGGGAUCAAAGUGCAAAUUACGAAUUGAGCACACAAAUAUUGGAUUCUUCUCAGUGAGCCGCGUGGAAAACCCAGCUCAAGACAACAAGAAAGAGGUUCAAAGUCUGAUGAGAGUUAAGGGGGGCAAGCUUUCUUCCCUUCUCUUUCCAAUUUUCUCCCAUCCCAUGGGUCUCCUCUGCACCCCGUUUAGCGCUCUCACGUAUAAUGUCAUGCUCAUUAGCAACCCCCGCAAACAACGCCUAACCUUUUUAAUUUUUCUCGUUCUUCCCCUUGUGCCCCAAUGGAGCAGUAUGGCUGUGCCGAGCGUGAUCCCUGUGGCUUCCCCGCCAACUCCCGCUUCUCUCCCCGCUCAUCCACACCGCCUUUCCCCUGCGCCAUAGGAGAAUUAAAACAAAAACAAAAAAAACCCGCACCAUUAUCUAUCUGCUGUUGCAGCGCUGUUGGCUUUGUUAUCCACAUAUCCUGCCAUUUUAAACCGUGUUCUGUUUUUGUUUUGUUUGUUUUCUUUCUUUUUUUUUCUUUUCUUUGGUGUGGUGGUUCUUUUGCGUGUGUGUUUCAAAAUAUUUGGAGAACGAUGGAGCCAAGGGACUCAAAAGCCACCUCCCCGGGGGGGUGGGACGGAUAGUGGAGAUGAAAGUAGACAGGCGAGCAAGUGGGAAGAUGGGCGCUGUACGAUAAAACGGACGAUGUAGAGCUGGGUCUUUGCAAAAAAAUAGCUUCCUGGUGGGCAUUGAAAGUCGGCCACUCCAGCACAAAUACUGGGUGGGUUUCCUUUGAGAUACCCCUGCCUUUGCAGGUGGUUUCCAAAAAAUCAAACACCAGGAAUCUUGAGCAGUCCAUAUUGAGGAUCUGUUCCGGAGAUUUUGCGACCACCAAGGGACACUGACAUGCACUGGAAUGUUGGAGAAAAAAUUGGGUAGGGAGACAGAGAAAGUGUUUGAAGAUCCGAAAACGCUGGGCUAUGCAGCAUGGGAAUCG